AUGCCAGAAACCACGAAGAAGGAAAGAACACUGGCAAAGGCCCAGUUCACCAACAGCAGAAGAGCGCUGCUAGUAGAGAUCAACAAGGAUGAAGCGGACAAGAAGGAGAUACUAAGGGCACUGGAUGGCCUCAGUGCUCUUGCCACAUCCACCAUCGCCUGUUGUGUGGAAGGUGAUGCCGCAGACUGGUAUGAGGAAGUCCAGCUGUUGGAACAGCAAUAUGCCGAAGCGGUAUCGAGAGCGGGGGAUGUGCUGGAGCAGCUGAGAAUAGAAAGGCCCAGCAAAGCCACCAGCAUCAGCCACAGCCCCGCAACCAGAGAACGUGCGGCAAAAAUCAGAGAAGUAAGGUCGUUGUUGAAAGAGAAACUGUACGACGAAGAUGAUGAAGAAGAGGAGGUACCAGGUGUGGAUGUAAGUGAGAGUGCAGGUGUCUACCAGAGUAAAGUAAAAAACAACGCACCUGUAAAGCGUACAUGUAUGUCUGACACGCCCGCAACGUCAACCCAGGGAAGGGUCACGUCAUCGUGGUCGGCGGUUACUAUGGCAACGGUGUCGCCAGAUCCGAAGGCAUCUGAGCUUAGCCAAGCCAGAAUGAAGCCAGAGCCAUUAAUAGCCAGAACUAUGGCACCAAGCAGCACGGGUUCACAACGGGUACCCAUGGCAACGGGUUUCGUGACUAUGGCCACUGGCACAGCAGUCAUACAGAGUACACCAAGUACAUCAGCUACUACUAGGGACUUCACCCGGCGUACAGGUGCGCCAUUGGCGUUCAGCCAGCAGUACCCCGCACCGAAUCCGGCGUACACUGCACCGAAUCCGGCGUACACAGCACCGAAUCCGGCGUACACUGCACCGAAUGCGGCGUACACUGCACCGAAUCCGGCGUACACUGCACCGAAUCCGGCACCGCAGCAGCAGGCUCAGUUGGCACCGCAGCAGCAGUCUCAGUCGGCAUACACGUAUACGCCUCUACAGUAUGCACCGCAGCAGCAGUCCCAGGCAGCAUACACGUACACUCCGCAACAGCAGCAGUUCCCGCCGUCAUACACGUACACUCCGCAACAGCAGCAGUCUCAGCCGUCAUACACGUCCACGUCGCAACAGUACCUACCGCAGCAGCAGCAACAGCUGCCAUCGACGUAG